CUCCCCUUUUUUUUUUAUUGCUCACCUAUUACGCCGGAAGUUAACGCAGCAUCGCAGAAAGGAUCUCAGUCGUAUUUAUAAAUUCCUCAGUCCAGCAAUCAUUUGUCAUCAGACAUCAAGCGAUAUGAACCUUAGAGAAGAAGUGCAGAUGCUGCUGGAUGAGGACCCCAACCUGGAUGAGGACCAGGCUGAGGUGCUGAAGGCUGCAGCAUGUGUCCUUGCUGUAGCUGCAAUCAAGAAGGCCAAAGCCAGAGAAAGGACAGCCAGAAGGGAAAGGAUGGUCAGAAAAGAAACGACAGUCAGAAAAGAAAGGAGUUUCAGAAGAAAAAGACAAAGGAAGAGUGUGUGGGUCAGAGAAUGGCUCUUGAAGAGACAAGAGUACGGCAUGUACGAGAAGCUCAUGAAGCACCUUGGAGCAGGAGACAUCAAGUCCUUCAGCAACUUUGUUGGAACAGACCCAGAGAUGUUCAAUCAGAUUUUGGAAGACCUGACCCUGAGGCUUCAGAAGAAAACGACCAACUGUAGAAAGCCUCUGUCCCCUGGACUCAAGCUGGCCAUCACGCUGAGGUAUCUGGCCACUGGGGACUCUUACAAGUCACUGGCCAGUGGGUUCCGGGUGGCCCCCAACACCAUCGUCACUGUUGUGCCAGAAGUGUGCCAAGUCAUCUACGACCACUACCACAAGAUGGCCUUCAAGUGUCCCACAACAGAAGAGGAGUGGAAGGAGGUGGCCCAGGGUUUCUCAGACAAAUGGGACUUCCAUCACUGCUGUGGCUGCAUAGAUGGAAAGCAUGUGAGGGUGCUAGCGCCACCUCAUUCUGGCAGUCUGUACUACAACUACAAAGGCUUCUACUCCAUCAUCAUGCUGGCGCUGGUGGAUGCCAACUACAAGUUUAUGUAUGUGGAUGUGGGAGCGUGUGGAGCUGAUGCUGGAGCUUUCACGCGCUGUGGACUGCAUCUUGCUCUGGAGCAGGACAAAGCUGGUCUGCCACCAAGUGAACCCUUGCCAGGUGGAGACACUAACAUCCCCUACUUCCUUGUUGGCGAGGACUCAUUUUCCCUCAAAAGCUGGAUGAUGAGGCCACAUUCCAAGAGAAAUAUGAUGACAGCAGAGCGCAUCUUCAACUACAGGUUGUCCAGGGCCCGUAGGACUGUGGAGAAUGCUUUUGGCAUCUUGGCCAACAGGUUCACGUGUCUCCACUCAUGCAUGAUGCAGAGACCGCAGACUGUCGCCAAGAUCGUCUUGGCAGCCUGUGCCCUACACAACCUGCUGGCUGACAAGAAUCCUGCCAGAAUGCAAGAAGCAGCAGACAAAGAGGAUCCAACCACACAUGAAGUGCAACCAGGAGAAUGGAGACGACAAGCCCAGGAGAACCCUCUGCAUGGAAUCCAGAGGCAAACGGGCAACUCUGCAGCAGCUGGUAAACGAGUGAGAGAGCGUCUGACUGAGUACUACAGUGGUGUGGGAGCCAUGCCAUGGCAGGACAGCGUGGUGGGUCACAGGAUGAUACCCACCAAGACUGAGUGUUCAAAGACACGGCAAGGUAUCUUAGAAAAAUAAAUAUUUGACUCACGGAAACUAAAUUAAGAAGGGCUCCAGAUGCACGACAAUUCU